CAGCACGAGCCCAUCAAGCCCUGCAAGUCGGUGUGCGAGCGGGCCCGCGCCGGCUGCGAGCCCGUCCUCAUCAAGUACCGCCACGCCUGGCCCGAGAGCCUGGCCUGCGAGGAGCUGCCGCUCUACGACCGCGGCGUCUGCAUCUCCCCCGAGGCCAUCGUGACCGCCGAGGGAGCCGAUUUCCCUAUGGAUUCUAAUAAUGGCAACUGUAGAGGCUCCGGCAACGAGCGUUGCAGAUGCAAACCUAUUAAAGCUACCCAGAAGACGUAUCUUCGGAACAAUUAUAACUAUGUCAUUCGAGCUAAAGUGAAGGAGGUGAAGACUAAAUGUCACGAUGUUACCGCAGUAGUUGAAGUAAAGGAGAUACUAAAAUCUUCCCUGGUGAAUAUUCCUAAGGACACUGUUAACCUUUACACAAACUCUGGCUGUCUGUGCCCCCCGCUCAAUGCCAAUGAAGAAUACAUUAUAAUGGGCUAUGAAGAUGAGGAACGCUCCAGGUUGCUCUUGGUAGAAGGCUCCAUAGCUGAGAAAUGGAAGGAUCGUCUUGGUAAAAAAGUAAAGCGCUGGGAUCAGAAACUCCGUCAUCCUGGAAAAGGCAAAAAUGAACCUGGACAAAGUGAUUCUGCCCAAAAGUCUGGCAAAAACAGUAAUCCACGACAAACACGCAAUUAAAUAUGAAAAGCUAUGUAAAAAUCCAUGGACUAUAUAUUAAGACUUGCAUUGUUGGAGCAGCAAGGGACAAAUUGCACUAUUGCACGUUAUAUUCUAUUGUUUACUACAAAAUCAUGUUGUAGCUAAUUAGUUAUUAUUCCUCCUGUUUUCUGCCUUUUUUUAGGGUGGGGAUGUAAACCCUGAAAAAAUUAUACAUUUUUAUCUCACUAAUAGCUGCAGAAAACUGCCCUUAUGAGAUGAAAAAGAGAGGAGGGCACGUUUACUGAAGUUAACAGACAUGUUAGUUGUUUUAUCAGUGGGGCCAGGUUGCCUAGAGAAAGCCUUACAGCACAGAAAUGAAACCAGGACCUUACAAAAAAAAAGUGACUUUAACCCAGCUUCCCUGUUCCUGACCCCUUUUCUUACAUGCUUGAUCAUGAUUGCAGCAACUAUAUUUUUAAUGUAUAAGUUUUAUUCUGAAAUAUAAUGGCCAUAUAUACACAAGUUAAGAAUUAUAUGCACUUCUUGAAAAACAGUGAAGUAAAAAAAAAUUAGGUUUAGCAGCAGAAAAGUGGUAAGGAAAAUUUUGACUGGCUGAAAAUCAGUUUAAAUACUUUCUAACAACAACAACAAAAAUACCUAAUCAGCAUUAAGGAAGGGGCUUGUGUUAAAGGAUGCGUUCUAAUCAGCACAAGCCUUCAAUUUGCAUAGUCUUAAAUAAACCACUGUGUAAAUUAUUUUAAGUCUAACUUUCAUCUUUCACAACAAAAACACUUCUUCUCAAAUGCUUUAAUCCUUGUGGGAAACAUUAUAUAGUUCUGUUAACUCACAACAUAAUUUACAAUAUACUAACUCUCAUAAUGGCAGUUCCUUUCCCUCUUCCCCCUUCCAAAUCGUAGGAGUAGACUGACUUACCAGGCCUGCUUCUCAGUAUAGGUCUGCACUUUAUCAUUUUAAAUGUAUGUUGUUGUUCUUAUUUCUGUGCCUACAUAAACAGCAGUGUUUAAUGCUCAGUAAAAUGUUUAAUAAAAGAAUUAUAGUUAUCAACAAAGACCUUAUCCUGACUUUUGCACCAAAUGCAUAUUUCUAUUGCCAGUGAUUUAUUGUUGUCCACAGUGUAUGCCAGCACAAAAAAAGCCCCUUCAUUUUCUUCCUUCGAUAGAAUUGUUUCACGGCGUCAGUGCCAACAAUUUGAAAUGAUAGUUUUUUUAAAAAUAUGAUGUAAGUAGAAUACCAAGCUUCUGAGAUAUGGUGUACAGAAAAUAAAAUACUUAUGAUGCAAACUGUUA